GGUUCAUUUGGAGCCACUGGUAUCAAUGAGUUUUUGCGAGACCUCUCCUACGGCAAAGGCCAAACAGCGCCAAUGCGAGGCGCGGAGUUCCCGAAAAUCUUAACAGUAGAUGCAUGGGAUGGUAAGGAUGGCGAGAUGGUCGUUGAAGAAGAGAUCGAUGUGUCAGAUGUCGAUUUGGACGAGGAAGAAAAGCCGAAGGAGAAAACCGAGUUGUAA